UAUGGGCUCUUUGCUGCAUGUCGUCCUCUCUGUUCGGUCGUCUACAUAGAAUCCCAAAGAUCACAUGUAACGAUGUCCUCUGCUUGAGUAGAUAAUCCCAUCUCACUUUUAAAUGAGUGCAGGAAAUCUAUAUAAUCCAGCAUCUCUUCCAUGUGUCAUCUAGUCAACCAGGCUGGCACAUCGACAACAAAGUGGGCUGAGGUGCAGUAUGAACUUGACUGGACGUCUGGAUAGCUUCAGUGAUGCUUUCGCAAAAAACUUCAUCACCUUUGCCCUCGGCCUCAUCAUCAACUGCAUCAAUGGCUUCUUCGUACACAUCUACUUCAAGAGCCAGGUCUUCCAGCGAGACCCCAGGUAUGUGCUGUACGUCCAUCUGGUGAUCAACGACAUUAUCAUGCUCACAGCUUGUGUGAUGCUGCACAUCUUGACCUACAGUGUUCCCCUGGGCUUUGGUACCUGCUGCGUCUUGUUGCUCAUAGUGAUCAUCACGAACAAGAAUAACCCUCUGAACCUGGCUGGCAUGGCAAUCGAACGGUACAUCGCUGUCUGCCGACCUCUUCACCACACCCAGAUCUGUACGGUGCGGCGAACCUACAUUCUGAUUGGACUGAUAUGGGCCAUCUCCUCAAUCAAUGCCCUAACAGAUGUCUUCUUCUUGCUUGUCAAACGGCCCAUGCUUGUCUUCUCAAAGAGAGUCAUUUGUCACAGCAGUUACUUGUACAACACCCCCGAACACAAGGCUCACAGGGUGGUUGUCCAGGUUGUUACGUUGUCCUUUGUGUUCCUGACUGUGAUCAUCACCUACCUGAAGGUCUUCUUUGCUGCCAGGGCGGCUUCCACUGCCACCAAGGACUCAGCCAGAAAGGUCCACAGCACCAUCCUGCUCCACGGAGUCCAACUCCUAAUCUGCAUGUUGUCCUACGUCGCACCGUUCUUCAACCUUUUGGCCGUACGUCUGCCAGCCAGCCGCACCAAGAUCCUCUUCUCCUCCUUCUUGGUCACCAACGUGCUUCCACGUCUCCUCAGUCCACUCAUCUAUGGUGUCAGAGACCAGAGGUUUAGCAGCCACAUCAAGCUGUACUUCUCCUGUAAGUGUUGUAAAGCUAAAAAGGUGAAAAGGGUGUCACCAGUUCACAAGAGGUUCAAAUAG